GAUGCGGUACGGCGUCCUCAGCUUGAAAUCCUGCAGCUGGAAACUCCGUGCAGCCAACACCUCACCGCCGUGUACGGCCAACAAGUUACUCCACAGGGCUGUGCUACCUCCUCUGUACAAGACCUGGGGUCUCAACCCCUUGUGCCCGUAUCCUAGGGGGGACUGGCACAGAUUUCUUGCCUUCUGAGACCAUGAAAAGAUAACACAUUAUGGAUGAGGGUGAGCAGGAUGUGUAUGUAGCCCAGCUGAAGGAGGUGUUUGACAGCUGUGACACCACCGGUACUGGUUACCUGGACAGGGCGGAGUUACGGGAGCUGUGCCACCGCCUGCAGCUGGAUGACCAGGCAGACAACCUCACCAAACAACUGCUGGGCAAGGACCCAAAUAACAGGGUCAGCUUUGAUGAGUUUAAGGAGGGGUUUGUUGCCGUGCUGUCUCACUCUGUGGAUGAACUGGACACUACUGAAGAGGACUUCAGUCUCAUCGAGGACAUCGUACCAGAGGAGGUGGAACCUAAGUAUGUCAAGGGAAAGAAAAAAUAUGGCCGCCGUUCCAAGCCUGACUUUCUAGACUCAGAGGACGACGUUUCGCGCUCAGAAAGCCACCCAACUCCUGCCAAGAAAGUCCGGGAGGAGAGGCGUACCACUCUACGAGAAAGGACAUCUUCUAUGGCCAGUAUACAAAGCCUUGAGUCUGACGACGGUAAAAAGAAGCCGCCCUCUACUGGAGACAGUGACAAGGAACACGAGAGAACAUUCGAGGCUGAGGGGACAGGUCUGCUUAAGACCGGCACCAUGGACGAUGCGUACACCCCGUCACGAGGGGCGAUGAUGAGCCCCACAGAUGAGGACAGACAGGAGGAGAUCCGGCAGAUCUGGGAGGAGCUGGGCGUGGGGCACAGCGGCUUCCUCAACAAGGCAGAACUGGACCUGGUCUGUAAACACAUCGGACUGGACGAGAUGAACGAUGAGGAGCUGUCCCACCUGUUCCAGACUCUGGACAAGGAUGGGGAUGGGAAGAUCAGCCUCCAGGAGCUCCUGAACGGGCUCUUUAAGUACAGCUCCUCCCCUUCCCCGACCCCCUCCCCCACACGGGGUCUGAUGGCUGCAGAGAGGCGCAGACUGGCACGGAGCAUGACCUUGGACGAGUCGCUGGCCAGAGUCGCCACGCCGCUGGUCGGCAUCAACCUGUUCUCUGCACUGGACUCAGAAGGAACUGGGUAUGUUCAGGCAGAAGAGAUAGUGAACCUGUGGCAGGAGGAGGGCAUACAGAGUCCCAUGGAGGUGCUGGAGGAUCUUGGGUUUGAGCUGGGAGGAAAGGUUAACAUUACAGAGCUGAGUAUGGAGUUAGAACAUGAGCUCUAUGCCAUUCCUGAUGACAACAAGGUAUACCAUGCUGCACUGACAUCCUACAGGAGCGAGAUCAGGCAUCUCAAGUCUGACCUUGACCAAGCCUACAAGGAGAGAGACAAGGUUCAGGGUGACCUUGAGGCGGCAAACCUGCGCGUCAACAAGCUGGUGCAGGAGGUGGAUGAUCGGCAUGCUGGGAUGGAGAGGACCAGUGAGAACAGACUCAGGACCACAGAGAAGAGAUAUGAGGAGAAGAUUGAGCGUCUGCAGGCAGAGAUCCAGAAGGAGCGGGAGUUCAUCACCCAGCAGGCUGCCAAACAGAAGGGCAAGUUAGAACACGAGAUCGACAAUCUACUGGAGGAGCAGAAACGGCUACAUGAAAAACUCAGCAUCGCCCACCAGGAGAGAGGAGACCUGGAGAAGGAGCUGCUGGAGAUGACAGAACGUCUGGUGGAGCUGCAGAAAACCAACGACAGACUCAGCAAGGACAACGAGGCCUACUCAGAUCUACAGCUCAGGUUUGCAGAUAUUGAAUCUCGUCGUGACUCCUUGAAGAUGCAGCAGGAAGUGGACAUUGUGCAGCACAUCAAGGACCUGGAGGCCAUCAACAGGGAGCUCCGAGACAAAAAUGACGAGCUGGUUCUGGAGAUCGAGGAGCUGCGCAGUCAGCUGACAGGGAGACAUGUCCGUCGUCGUGGAAACAAAGACAAGGUGGGGCGUACGGGCUCCAUCCUGUCAGACUACCAGAAACCCACCGUGGUCAGGAGGAGAGGGAAGCACACCACAUCCUCAGAUAACGAGUCUGAGACUGAUGAAGGCCCGUCGGGAAGAACAAAGCGAAGACUUCCAACUCCCAAGAGGGACACCACCUCAUCACAGGAGGAUGACGGUUCUCGACUUUCCGCCUCUCCCAACCAGCUCACACCAGCUCACUCCCCCUCCCGCGUUCUCCAUGCUGAAAAUGUGUCUGAGUUGCGUGACCAGUUUGAGCGUGAGCGGAGAGAAAUCGAGCAGGCGUACAAGUUUGAGAUUGCUGAGUUGGAAGAGAAGAAGGCGGAGCUGGAGAAAGGCCUUGUGGAGCUCCAAGAGAAACAUGAAAGUGAGAAAAACGAAAUGGAGCAAAAAUUUGCGCUCGACAAGGCCGGUCUACGGGACCGCUUGGAGGCUGAGUUUAAGGAAGACCUGGAGAUCCGGAUUGCAGAGACUCGGACUCAGCUGCUCAAGGAGAAGGACAUGGGUGCCUCAGAGCUGAUGACCCAACACGCCACAGAACUUCAGACCAAGCUGGAGGACCAGCGCCGAGACCUGGAGCAGAAGUUUGACAAGGAGAAGUCCAACAUGGAGCAGAAGCACCACCUGGAGGUCAACGCCCUGCAGGCCGGCUUCGACAAGGAGGUGAACGAGAUGAUCAACAGUCAUCGCAAGGAGAUGGAACAGCUGGAGAACAAGCACAGGAAAGAGAAGGAAGCUGUGCAAGAAGCAAAGGAAGACAUGGAGAAGAAGUUUGCACGGGAGAAGAAGGAACUCAGCAAAAACUCCGAAAGGGACAGGCAGAACCUCAUGAACACCCUGGACAAGGACAAGGCUGAGCUGUGCCAGACGUACACCCAGGAGAGAAACCAGAUGGAGCAGCAGUUCCAGACAGAGAUGCAGGCUCUGCAGAAGCAGCACCAGAAGGAGCUGGACACCCUGAGGAAGAACUUUGAGCUGGAGAAGGUGCAGCUGGAGAAAUCUGUGUCCUCAGACACCAGGGAAAAGGUCGAAGCAGAGUUUGCUAAACAGAUGGAACGACUGACAAAGGGAUUUGAGGAAGAAAGGGAAAAAAUUGCCAGUGAGCAGGAUAAACUGGCCAAGAGGUCCAGGCAGCUCGAGCAGCAAGUUGGAGACAAGGAAAGAGAAAAGGAAAAAGAGAAAGAAGGAGGGAAGCAGCUGAAAAGCAAAGUUGAUGACUUGAACAAACAAGUAACCUCUCUGAAGAAAGAGAAAGAGAAGGCUGAGGCAGAGUUCAGGAAAGAGAAGGAAAAGCUGACCAGAGGCUUUGAGGAUGAACGAAAAAAGUUGAACCAGGAAAGAGAGAAGGUCGAAAAGCGAGCGACCAAAGAGAAGGAUGACCUGCAGAAAAGAGUGGCCAAGUUAGAGGACCAGCUGGACAGCAAGGAGCAAGAGAAGGAGAGAGAGAAGCAUGAAGGAAAGCAGCAGAAGACUAAAGUUGAAGAACUGAAGAGUGAGACAUCAGCUCUCCAGCAACAGCUCAACAGCCUACAGAGGGAGAAGGACAGGGCUGAGGCGGAACACAAUCGGGAGGUGGAAAAGCUGCAGAAAACGUUUGACCGUGAGCGAGAGGAGCUGGCCAACAAGACGGCCACGCUGGAAGGCCUCCUGAAGAAUAAGGACUCUGACCUGGAAGAAGCGUGGCAAUAUCGGAAACGUGCAGAGGAAACGGAGGCCAUCAAUGCCAACCUUCACCGCGAGAAACAGAGGAUGGAGACAGAGUUGCAGGAUGAAAUUGAUCUCGUGAAAAAGUCCUCUGAGAGACGGCAAGAUGAUCUGCAGUACCAGAUACAACAGCUAGAGGGACAACUACAACGGAAAGAGCAAGAGAAAGAGGAUGAGAAAGAGUACAGGCAGAAGGAGCUUCAGCGAGAAAAAGAAAGGGUCGAGGCUCAUUUCACCCAGCAGAUGGAACGGCUCAAACGUGUGUUCGAUGAGGAGCGCCAGGUCUUCGCGAACCAGAAAGGCGCCCUGGAGCGCCAGGUCGCUGAGAAAGAACGGGAGAAGGAGGCCGAGAAACAGUUCCGCAAUCGUGUCCAGGAACUGAAUGCACAAAACACAGGCCUGCAGAGGGACAACCAGAGGCUGGAGGUAACGCUCGCUGACCUGCGCUCGGAGCUGGAGGCUGCGCGGCGCGAGAAGGAGGAGAUGCUGGUGAUGGUGAAACAGGAGCAGGAGGAGGCCAUGGCCGCUAUCAACAACCUGGACAAGGCAAAACUCAACCUGCUGGAAGAGCAAAAGGAGACACUCAACAAGGAGCUUCAGGAGGUUAAAGACAAGCUGCUGAAGGCCAAUGCUGAGUUGAUGCUCGGAAAGUCGCAGCAGGACCGAGAGCUGAAGCACGUCCGCGAGCAACACGACAUGGAACUGGAGAAAGUUCGCGCCGAGUCCCAGGGCAAGGUCGCGCCCGAGGAGCUGAACAGCGCCAGGCUGCAAGUGAUUGAGAAGGAGCGACGGUGCCGUGAGCUGGAAGUCGCCCUGGAGCAGCGCUCGACGGAGACCAACAAGCUGCUGAUGACCGCUCAGCAGGGCCACGAGAAGACGGUGGCCAAACUGAAGCAGGACAAGGAAGAGCUGGACAACAAGCUGGCCAAGAUGCACACUGUGUUAAAUGAACAAACCAACAAACUCAAGGAACAGUUGUCGAAAACCUGUCGGUCAGACCUGUUGGUGAAGGACCUAUACGUGGAGAACGCUCAGCUCAUGAAGGCCCUGCAGGUCACGGAGCAGCGCCAGAAAGAGGCUGAGCGCAGCAGCCAUCUGCUCGCAGAGAAAAACCUCGCUCUGGUCAGGGUCCUUAGGAAGGUCUGCCCUGCAGUCAUAUAGCUGGUGCCUGUUAAAGAACCUUGCCCCUGUACAUGUAGGUGUUCUCAGGAAGCUCUAUGUUUGAGGCCUGUUCAUGGCUCUUUAUUGUACAGAAGUUUUUAUUACUAUGUAGAUGAUUUUACUUUCAUGCACAACUUAGUCUGCAAAGGAAAAUUAUAAUUCUGUAAAAUUGUGUAGACCAUAUUUUAUCUCAUUCUAACUUUUAGUUGUAAGCUAACAAGCACCAAAACGUCAACAAUAAACUAUAUUUUGAAAAUUAAUGUCUAAUGAUGAUUUUGACCACCUGAAGUCUUUACUUCUCUGAGUGCAGGGAUCCAAAGAGAUUCAGCCAGCCUUGUUUUAUAUCUUAUUCAUCCCUCAGUUCUUGCCUGAUGUAGAACAGAAGUGCAAUAGCCUUAGUAGUUACGCGUCACUUAAAGCCUGUGUUGUAUCCGCCAUAGUUACCCCUGGCUCUCUUUUUGCUAGCUACAUGGUAACUACAGAGGAUGGCACCCAGGCUACUGGAACUUGCCCCAUAUGUAUACCCCUUGGCAGUAGUAUAUUUGUACAGUUGUACUUCUUUGGUGCCUUACAGCAUUCUACACACGGAGAUUGUAAAUAUGUUUUUAAUGUAUUUCAUCUGUACAUAGGUAUGUCUAUACAUAAUAUACUAGUACUUGUGUAUCUGUCUUGUUACUGGAAGCAGUUGGCUUUCUCACAACUAAAUUUUGUAAACAUGGAAUGUACCAGAAAGUACAGCAGGUAUAUUUUACAGUCUGCAACAUUGCAGUACUUUCAUUCAUAAUUUUUUUUGGGGGGAUUUUCAUGCAAAUCAAAGAGAAGUCCAGUUUGUACAGGCAGGAGUUUUGUAUUAGUAGCAACUGUUGCUAACAGGUUUAGCAAUGUCCACCAGGGAAUUAAUGACACUUUAAGGAGAUUUUGUUUUGUAAAUAAAGUUUUUUAAAGGUUAUCCUGGGAACAGAGUUACAACAUUUUAGAUAUUUAUCUCUGGUGAGGUUAGCUGACAUCUAGACAUUCCAUACCUGUAUGUUUUGAUUUGUCUUGUUUGGGGAAUAAAUUUUAUUUUGG